CCAUCAUCUAUCACGUCUAAUGUCACUGAUAUCACAAUAAAUGAAACUGAAAGGAUGUACCUUUGGUGUUUUGCUACAGGUGUUCCUCAACCAACUAUCAUUUGGUAUCACAAUAACACACAGCUCCACUCAAACAGUUAUUUGACAUUAUCUAAUCCCUCAGCUCAAGAGUCAGAAGUAAUUAUACAACUAACCAGAUAUGAAAGAGAUAAGGGAACAUAUACAUGUGAAGCUAGAAACAAUGUCACUAAUUUGAUCAAUACAAAGCAAUUACACAAUAUAACUGUGAAUAUACAAGUGGCUCCAGAGAUUGAACUACCACAAAACAUAACAGCUUUUGAGAAUGAAAAUAUUACUAUUAUCGUAAAAAUAAUAAGAGCUCAUCCUCCUGUACUGCCUGACCACAUAUCAUGGACAUACACAACCAGUAAUAGAAGUGCAAGAACAAUAAAUCAAAGUAUUGAGGAAGAAUAUGAUAGCAGGGUCAACAUCUCAGAAGAUGGCAGGAGUCUUUAUAUUUCUGAUCUAACAAGUGCUGAUGAAGGAUACUAUCAAGUAUUAAUAUGGCAUCCAGCUGGGUAUAAGAAUAAAAUAACUCAUCUUAAAAUAGAAUCACCUACUGAAGUAGUUACUACUGCAGCAUCAUCAUCUAGCAAUCAAUUCAUAGUUGCAAUAAUCAGUACAGCUUUGGGACUAGGAAUGACCAUUAUAAUUCUGUGCAUUGCUAUUAUAAACAUUGUUGUAUACAAGAAACGAAGAAGUAAAAAUGACCCCAUUGGAAGACGCAGAUCUAGUGCUUUGACAAAUACUGCUGAAAUUUGUUUAAAUGCAACUGAUCCAAACUUUUUGAAACUUAUACCUUUGAUUCUGCUAAUUAAAAGAUCUAAUCUAAAGCUAUUGGACUGUAUUGGACAAGGUGAGUUUGCUAAAGUAUACAAGGGACAUUAUUACAUUAAUGGAGAAUGCACUCUUGUUGCUGUUAAAGCUCUCAAAGGAAUAAUGGAUAGAUAUAAUAGCAAUGAUAUCAAAGAUUUAAUUGAAGAGAGUCUAGUAAUGAAGGAUUUACAGCAUCCUAAUGUAAUGGGGUUAAUUGGUAUAUGCUUAGAUGCUGGACCAUCACCACUGAUUGUACUACCAUAUAUGGAAGGAGGCAGUUUGUUUAAGUACUUGGUAAGAAACAGAAAUAUUCUGAUGACUAGUGCAUCAACAGAUGAUGAUGAGAUCAAUCAAGUACGUUCACAGCUACUGUCAAUAUGUCUACAAAUUGGAAAGGGAAUGCAAUACAUUGCAGAAAAAAAUCUGAUACACAGAGACUUGGCAGCAAGAAAUUGCAUGAUUGAUGCAGUUGGGAAUGUAAAGGUAGCUGAUUUUGGUCUCUCUAAAGAUGUCAGUGGUAAUAUCUAUUUCCGGCAACAAAUGUCAAGUGGAGUUAAGCUGCCAAUCAAAUGGAUGGCCAUUGAAAGUAUAGAGGAUGGUAUAUUCACUGAAAAGACUGAUAUAUGGUCAUUUGGUAUUACAGUAUGGGAAGUGUUUAAUGGAGGGAAGACACCUUAUGGUGGGUUUUCACCAACAUGUGUUAAGACUAUGAUAUCUGAUGGAUACAGACUUGAAGCACCUUCAAAUUCAGCAUGCAAUGAUGAUAUAUAUCAGAAGACAAUGCUAAAGUGUUGGGAGAGGGAUCCUAAUGAGAGACCAACAUUUGCUCAAGUUGUGACAGAUAUUGAUAGACUACUAUCAAACAGUGUUGGAUACUUGGACCUUACAAUGUAACUCAAUCUUACAAUGUAAACUGAUAAUGGGAUUUUUAUGUAUCAAAAUA